AUGCUGCAGCUGCUGCUGCGCUCGCCCCAAGACUCUCUCGAGCAUACGCUGCACAGUUUCCUCGGCGGUAUCACGCGUGAUAGUGGCGUGUGCUUCCUCUUGCGCUUGCCCCACGAUCCACCGAUGACAUCCACCGACCACCAUGCGCGCAAGGCGUACGAGCAGCUCGCCCACGCCAUCUCUGCCAAGACAGCUGUCGUCAUCGACCACGACGACGAUGUACAGUACAUUACCAAAGCCUUCGUUGUAUCUUCCGAGGCCACGGGGGCGUUUGGCGUCGCCAUUCCCAAUUCGGCGCCCCGGGGCACGUGGAAAUUGCUUGUGCAGUCGUGCUGCACGGUGCUCGCUCUCAUCUUCCAGUGCGACACCAUCCAGAGCGCGUAUACUACAGCGCAGCACGAGCACGCUGAGGUGGUGACAGCGCGCAGCCGGGACGCCACCCAGCUGGCCUUUCUCUCAAGCCUUUUGCAAUUGGAUACGGCGACGCGCCCCGAAAUCACGAUGGCGGUCGAUGCCUUCUUUUGCAGCCACUUUGACGUGCCCCGGGCGACGCUCUUCUGGCCCUGCGAGAAUGGGUUGCAGACAUGGGUCGCGGACGAGCACCUUUAUGUGACGUCCGGCGUGCCACUCGUGUGUGCCAUGUCCCACGCGCUCACGUGCGCCUCGCCAGCGCACCCAGCGUACGACCCGACCUUCGAUACGCGCGCGGGCAUUGAGCCAACGGCCGUCGUGUGUUUUCCACUGACGUCGAUCGCGGGCUGCCUUGAAGUCGCCAUCGAUCACGUACUCUCGGAGAUGGAGCUUUGCGUCGAGUUGCUUGAAGCGUGGCUGCCCCGCGCGAUAGCUCGCGUCGACAGGAGCACGGAAGCAGCGUCUGAACGGACACGGCUACGCGCGCGGUGGGACCGGCAUGUGGCGAUUUUGGCGCAGAUGCGUCAUGCGUGGGAUGCACUCGAGGUGAACGUGACGUCAUCCGCUGAUCUCAUGCAGCGUGUGCAUACCAUUGUGCCAGCAGCGAAUUUGGCGACCACCGCGGACUUGUUGUUGCUGGCGGAUGAUGGGCAGCUCUGGACGAUGAGCCGAGGAGGUGACCGCGUCGUAGCUGUUUUAAACGAAGAACCGCUGUUGGCGCAAGCGCUAGAGACGAAGACGGCGUCGACGGAGACGUCAACCACGGGGGCUUGGCUCUCACCUGUGCUGAGCCGUCUGUAUCAACGCGCUGCGACAACACUACUGGUGGUGCCACUUGUUUCAACUAGCACCGUACACGGCCUCGUCGCCUUUGGCCGGCUCGAGCCAUUGGACGACGUCACGACACAUCUUCUCGAGUCCCUCGCACUCUACAUCUCGAGUCUGCUCAUGCGCUGUCUCGAGCAAGAUGCGUGGUCGGCCCGCGUCGAGAAUGCCCAAGCGCUCGCCGUCUGGGCCCACGAGCAGCUGCGCGAGCUCACGACGCACCAAAUUGAGACGGAAGUCCACUUGCUGGAGCAACGCCUCGUGGCGGCGCUUGCGACCUGCGCCGUCGACAAGAUCUCGACCGCCGUGCUGGCCAAGCGCAUUGAAGAUGCUGUCAUCGCCGAGUGCACACCAUGGCUCUACUCGCACGCGUACUACCUCGCGCUCGACGCAACGCAAUCUGUGCUGACCACCCGCCGCUUGUCGAUGGACGUAUCAACGACCUCUGGCAUUGUGGGUCAUGCCUGCAAGAGUGGCAGUGUGGUGACCACGGGCUUGUAUGUCGCGAGUCUGGGCCUUGUUACAGGGUUUCCCAUCGAGAAGGCGCAGUUGCCGUCCGACGUGAGUUUCGAAUGGAUGUGCGCAUCGCCUGUAUUCGACGACCAUGGCAGCCUUCAUGGCGCUCUCGUCUUCUUGACGGUUCACGCUGCCAAAGGCCAGCGGCAUCGAGAGCCGUUCGAACGUCGCGUGCUGCCAUCGCUCAAACGCGCGCUCGCACAGCUAUACCAGCGCUGGCAACACACGAAUGGACUCUACAACCGGCUCGAGCAGCUGCAAGACGCCAAUACCGAGUCGAAAGACACGGCAGCGAUCACUGCAAGCACCGUCACGACGUAUGCCAAGCAGCUCGACUGCGUCACGCAAUGUUUGGCCCUGGUCCAUACCGUCGUGUCUGCGACUGUGGACGACGCGCCAUCGCUUGUGCAGAACGCUGCUCAAAGCCUCUUGGACCUGGGUUAUGCACAGUGGCACGACGCGAGUGCGCUUGCCGCUGGCGCUUCCUGUCGGUCGCAGGUCGAAGCGAAGUACGUGGCUGCCGUGUAUGCACAGGCGCAGUCGAUGAUUGAGACGCCGGUCUCCCGCAGCGACGACGACAAGACUGUCCUCUGCGCACCGAUCUAUAGCACACACGAGCCGCGUCGGCUGCUCGGUAUUCUCUACGGCACCCAAGCAUCACCGACGACCCAUGCCACGGCCCGACGCUGGGUGCUUUUGGCCUGUACGAUCGCGUUCAGUGUGCUGGACACGCGUGUGGCAUAUGCCAGCAAAUCGGCGACGCAGGACCGAGCGCUGGUCGAGUACGCGGCGACCGCCACGUCGCUCGAGACGCAGCUGCGCGCGACCCAAGGUGCCAUGGCCUUUCUUCAAAACGGCUACGAGUGCAUGCACGCGCUGAGUUGCACCGAGAGGCUCUUUGGUGCGGUGCGACAGCUGCUGCCGCGCCUAUUGCAGACAUCUGGCUCGGUCGUCUUGUACGUGGCCGACCACACCCGGCGGGUGCUGUGGAGUCUCGAGCCAAAAAUCGAAGUCGCGUUUGGCGACGGACCGGUCGGGUCGUGCCCCUUUACUGACACACCGUCUGCGUUGGAAGGUCGUCUCGACAAUCGACAGAGCCUUCACGACAUGUACCUGCCACUGUGGCAUCAGGACAAGACGCCGCGCACGCUUCUCGGCGUCUUGGAGGUGCAGUGCCGAGAUAGCUUGCCGGCGGCCGACUACCUCGCCUUGCGGCAGCGCGUUCUCGUGGUACUGGAGGAGCUUCAUCUGGCGAGUCACAUCGACCGCGCCCUCGCACGCAUCGCGACGAACGAGGCGCUCGCUCAGCAAACCAAAGCCGCCGACCACUUCCAUGCGUCGCAAGCGCUGGACACGGCGAAGAAGCGUCAGCUGGACCUCGCAACAGCUGCAACGUUGGCAGUGAACCGCGUGAUGGCGCUCAUCCAGCAGUGGCCGACCAAGCGAGAUUUCUGGGGGCAUGCCCUUGAGAGCGUCGAGGAAAGCUUAGGGCAGCUGCCAUGCGCCCACGAAGCGCACGUGUAUGUGGUGAUUCCGAAAGAAGAUCAACUGCAGCGCCGCCGCACCGUCCUAAUGCCGAGUCACGACAGCAAAGCGAUGGCUUUGGUGCAGCUUCUUCUCGACGAAGACCGCGCCACGGACGGUCUCGCCUUCAAGCUCGUCAAGCAAAGGCCAUUGUCCUCGUCAAUGUCGUCGGAUUUGGAAGUGGCGAUCGCCGACGUCUUUCCAGCGUGGUCGGUGACGCACAGCGAGUCGACGCAUGAGUGGUGCUGUCUCCGCGUCAAGCUCACAGAAGACUGCAUUGUGCUACUCGUCGUUAUCAUCGAGCACCCGAUCGAGCCGUAUCAGUACUGGCCGUGGCUGCGGCUUCUCGGCAGUCUUGUGUGCCAGCUCGUGGCCCACACCCUUGCGAUGGAAGCCCUUGGUGAAAAGUACAGUCAGCAAAAAAUGCAUUUUCUGUCGGAUGCGAACGGCGUCGGCAUGGACCUGCUUCAGCUGACGCGCGCAACCGAGUCGGCGACGUCACGCGCGGCAUUUGCUCAAAUGGCCGCCGGUCACGUCAAGGUCAUGCUUCACGCUGCCCGCGUCGAGUUGCAGUGGCGCACAACCGCAGAGGACGCCGAAGUAGCCGCUGCGAUCGCUGUCCAUGCCACGUUCGUCCGGCGGUCCGAGAAGAGCGUCUCGAUCGUCCUUCGGUCUCCAGACGACAAUCUGGUUGGUCUGUUGAACAUUGACGCCUUUGACACGUCGUUGGCCAAGACGACAGGUCUCUGGGACCAGCUGGCGUUUGUGAUGGGGCUUGCGUACAAGCAAUGGACGCUGCAGCACGCCCUUCAGGAUGCCGAACACUCGAUUUUGGCCAGAAAUGACGCCUGCCAAGCGCUCGAAGCCGCGCAAACCGACGUAACGCGUGCACUGCGCUCCCACACCCUUGACCGCGAGCAUGAGACGCGUGUCGUGACCCACGGCUUGCAAGAGCUUCUCAAGCUGCUCCAGGCUGCGCCCAGCGACUGGUCGAGUGACAAACUGUGCAAAGCCAUCGGUGCGCUGCCAACGAUCCACAUGGUUAGUUUGCUUUGUGCCGGCGACGACUACUUGAAGCUUCUCGCGGUUGUGGGCGCUGCAAGAGGCCCCGCAACGACGUAUCCCGGACACCUCGGCGUUGCCGGGCUCGCUCUGCAGUCCGAGUCGCCGGUCGUGCUCGCUGCGAACGAGCUCGCGUCUAGUCCUUACAAUGCCGACGUUGACGGCUUUCUCGAUGUCGACGUCCCUUACCAAAUGCUCGUCAGUGUCGCGGUGAAGCCAGCAUCGCUCGAUGUCCCGCCAAUGGUGCUAGUUGUCCAUGCGACCACAGGACCAGCUACGUCGGCCACAGCGCCCGUUUGGACACUUAUGACGUCGCUGUUGCAAGCCAUUCUGCGCCUUGGUGUGGUGCAAAAAGCCACAGACGCCCGCGUCGCAGAGCACAUAGAGAAGCACGUUGAAGUCGCCAAAGAACGCGACGCGCUGCUGGACCAAGUCCACGACCUGCAAGACCACGUGCGCGACCGCGUCCAACUCCUCAACUUUCAGCAGAUUUUGCUCUCGCUGCAGCCCGAUGCGUUGGCGUCAACGUCGCUUCCCGACCUCUCCAUGAGGACAACGCAAGCGCUAACGACAAUGGUGCCACAGUCGCUUCUGCAGCUCUACUGGUGCACGCGCGAGCAGUUCUUUUGGGUCGACCCUCUUGAUCAGUCGCUCAAGCAAAUGCCAGCAUCGGCCUUUGUUGAUCAUGACACGCAGCGCGCUAUUCUCAGUGGCGCCACCGUGCAGACGUACAACAGCGCGACGCUCGAACACAAGCUGCUCGUGUCACUCCAGAGCCAAACGACCAAUUACGUGCUCGGCCUGCUUCAAGCGUCGCGCUACGAAGCCGCCUUCUCGGCCUUUGAAGUCGACCUCCUCGCCCAAUUUGCCAAGUUUCUUUCCAGCCAUGUUCAGCGGCUCGUCGAAUCCGACAUGGCCAAGGACGCAGCAUCGCGCCGGCAGACGUCACGUCGCCUCUCGACGGUGGCGUCGCGUGCGUCCAGCGUCACACAGCCAAAACGAUCCAGUUUCGCGACCACCGACCACCCGCAGUUGGAAGCAGUCUUUCCCGCGGCUCCUGUCACCGUUGACGCCCUUCCUCCUGCCGAAUCCUACCUCGAAGGCCUUUUAGGACUCUCCACUCUCGCGCAGCUCUCGGCAGCGGUGACGGGAAGCCUAUCAAAGAACCCGCUCUGGGCGGUUGAUGGGGUCCAUGCUUCGUUUUACACUUCGAAUGCAGAAGAAAAGCCAGCACUCGUUGCGUGGUUUGAGGGCCAAGUGCGACUCCAAGCACUCGAUACGACCAUUCUGUCGGUUCCGUCCGUGCACGACGACGACCGCUGCCGACGCGACGCUGCCCUCUGGAAGAAGCACGCGACCGAGAGCCUCCUCCUCUUUGACGUGCGCGUGCAGAGCGACGUCGCGACUGUCCUUCUCCAGUCUCCGACGCUCAGCUUUUUUGAUGACGUCGCUGACGCUGUCGUGCGCGAUGAACUUGCCCCCGCUUUGACCAAGGUGUUUGCGGCCGUCCUGUCGACGACCGCACUCGCAACAGCGUCCGCUGCCAAAGAAGCCUUGUACAGCGAAGUGCACACCCAAGUUGACGACCUUGUGGCGAAAUGCGCAUCUAUCUCGGACGAGUCACGGGCCAUGCAAGCGUGCCUUGGCUACCUCGCUGAACUGUAUGCAGCCGACGACGAGGCGUCGGUGCGCAACACGGCACGGGACCACCUCCAGCUGCUCUUUCCCUUGUACGACGUUGUCAUUUCGAGCGAGAAGAACCGCCUACACGCGCGCUGGUGCAUGCCAUUGGGCCAUAAUCUCUGCGUGUGGCUCAGUAAUGGCAGUGACCCCGCCACAGUGCCGGGGCCGUGGACGCACGCAAACGAGACGAUCUGGCUGCAGUAUACGACGGCGCUGCGUACCGUGCUCCAGCGUGUGCUCACUGCCAAAGCUGAAAAGGAAGUACAGCUAAAGACACUCCACUCGCUGCAAAAGCGAGAGCGCGACGGUAUGCGGGCGCUGCAAGCCGAGCUAGAUGCGAGCCAAGACACGAUCCAGCAGCUCCAGGCCACGAUCGAUGACCUUGGCGCCCGUGAGGCUCGGCACCGCGAUCUCAAGGCUGCUCAAAAGCAGUCCUAUCGACGGGAAAAGGAGCUCGAGCAACAGCUCGUACAGCAAGCGAUGGAAAUCCGCGCUUUGCGAAAAGAAGCGAAGCGCCGCAUCGGGUCGAACGUAGCGGCUAUGAGCCAUGCCCGAAUACGCGAUCUCGGCCAAGAGCUAAAGGAGCUCGCCACGCUUGAAGCAACCCAAGUCGAGAAGCUCCAGGCAUCGACUAGGCGGUCCUUUGAGACCCAAACUUGA